GGAUACCUACUUCACCGUUGACGAGGAGGUACUCCAUCUCGACGUCCUCGGUUCUUCCACAUUCCGAGCUCUCCAGACUCUCCAUGGCAUCCAAGGUCCAGCGAUUGAGAGAUAAAGUCAAGUGCCUGUAUUCAUGAGAUGUGGUGGUUAUCAGUGAUGAUAAGAGGAGACUUCCGGUUUCAUAUAUAUGAUUACUACGGUGAGGAAUUUGGACUGCAUGCUGCGAGUUAGUUUUAGCUUUACCUUCCACUAGGUGCGAUGUAAUAUCUGGGUAAUGUCGGUUCCGCGCCAACGAAAUUAUUCUGAGAAAUUAGUGUGCAUUAGAUGAUGGAAUUCUGGGACCGUGCCACUUCCACUUGCAUGCAAACAGUGUUGGGCGGCGGGAUGUGGAAGGUAGACAGUAAGGAAUGAAGAUAUCCUCUGCCAUCAAUUCUCAUGGAAUGCUUAAUAAAGUCAGCGUCAUAGCAUUUUGUAUGCAAUUUUAGGUGCUGACUCUUUCAGCAAUUGCAUAUAUUUUGCACAGCUUGCUAGAGAAGACUACUUGCAGUUGAGACAAGAAAUGGGUGAACUUCAGGAAUAUUCCAAUGCAAAGCUUGAUCGAGUUACUCGAUAUCUUGGUGUCCUUUCUGGCAAAACCCGCAAGCUAGACCAAGCUGCCCUUGAAACUGAAGCAAGAAUAUCGCUGUUGAUAAAUGAGAAGAGGAGAUUAUUCAACGACUUAUUGACAUCUAAAGGAAACAUUCGUAUAUUUUGCCGUGCAAGACCUUUGUUUGAAUAUGAAGGGCCCUCAGCUGUUGAAUUUCCAGAUGACUGUACCAUCCGUGUAAAUACUGGUGAUGAAUCGUUGUCCAACUCCAAGAAAGAUUUUGAACUUGAUCGAGUGUAUGGGCCUCAUGUUGGACAAGCCGAAUUGUUUAGUGACGUUCAGCCUCUGGUACAGUCAGCUUUGGAUGGAUAUAAUGUUUCAUUAUUUGCUUAUGGACAAACCCACUCUGGAAAGGCACACACAAUGGAAGGAUCUAGCUAUGAUCGAGGUUUGUAUGCUCGUUGUUUUGAAGAAUUGUUUGAUUUAGCCAACUCAGAUUCCACUUGCACUUCUCUAUAUGAAUUCUCUGUUACAGUUUUUGAGCUCUAUAAUGAACAGACCAGGGACCUGCUACUGGAUAUGGGGAAAAGCAUGCCCAAGCUUUACUUAGGAUCGACAGAAUGUUCUGUUGAACUGGUGCAGCAAAAAGUUAAUAACCCUGUGGAGUUUUCUAGGGCAUUGAAAGCUGCAUUUGAGAGUCGUGGAAAUGAUGUAUUGAAGUCUAAUGUCUCUCAUUUGAUUGUCACCGUACACAUUUUAUGUAAGAAUUUGAUCACUGAUGAAAACUCAUAUAGCAAACUUUCUCUUGUUGACUUGGCUGGAAGUGAAGGUUUAAUAACAGAAGAUGAUAGUGGGGAACGUGUGACAGAUUUGCUUCAUGUUAUGAAGUCACUUUCAGCUUUGGGAGAUGUUCUGUCUUCUUUGACAUCGAAGAAGGAUGUCAUUCCAUAUGAAAAUUCAGUGCUAACAGGAUUGCUUGCUGAUUCACUUGGUGGGAGUUCAAAAACUCUUAUGAUUGUAAACGUGUGUCCAAAUCUUUCAAAUUUAUCUGAGACUUUAUCAUCUCUCAAUUUCUCUGCUAGAGCUCGACAUUCUGUAUUAAGCCUAGGAAAUCGAGAUGCUAUAAAGAAGUGGAGAGAUAUUGCAAAUGAUGCACGCAAAGAGUUGUAUGAGAAGGAGAAAGAAAUCCAUGAUCUGAAACAUGAGGGACUGGAGCUUAAGCAAUCAAUUAAAGAUGCUAAUGAUCAGUGUGUCUUACUAUUCAAUGAAGUGCAGAAAGCACGGAAAAUUUCUUCUGCAUUGCAGACAGAUUUAAAGUCAGAGCAUAUUAUGCUAGCAGAUCAGCAUAAGAUUGAGAAGGAACAAAAUUCCCUGCUAGGAAGUCAAGUUGCUCAGCUGUUACAGUUGGAACAAGAUCAAAAAUUGCAGAUCCAACAGCAAGAUUCAACCAUCCAAAGUUUGCAGGAUAAGAUUAAAGCCCUUGAAAGACAAUUACAUGAAGCCAUUAAAUCCAGUGAAGAUAGAUCAACAUUUGUCACUGAGCCAGAAUCUGGAGCUUCAUCCAAUUCUAAAGCAGCUGGUGAUGGUGUGGAUUCUUCUGCUGUAACCAGGAAACUGGAAGAGGAACUCAAGAAACGUGAUGCUCUGAUUGAGAGGUUGCAUAAAGAAAAUGAGAAAUUGUUUGAUAGGUUUACUGGGAAAUCAUCUUUGGGCGGGUCACCUCAGUUGUCAAGUCCAUUAUCCAUGGGAUCAGAUAAUGCUCAGCCUCAAGAUAUAGGGAGGACUAAGAUCAGUAACAAUACUAGAGCUCGAUCUGUGGAUGCUCUUCCUUCACCUUUGACCAUAGAAAAGAAUGACGGCACAGUUUCUUUGGUGAAAUCUGAUCCUAAGAAAGUUAAGUCAACCCCAGCAGGUGAAUAUCUAAAUGCUGCACUGAAUGACUUCGAUCCUGAUCAGUAUGAAGGCCUUGCUGCCAUUUCUGAUGGUGCGAACAAGCUAUUGAUGCUGGUUCUGGCUGCCGUCAUCAAAGCUGGUGCCUCUAGAGAACAUGAGAUACUUGCUGAAAUUAGGGAUGCUGUUUUCUAUUUUAUCCGGAAAAUGGAACCAAAAAGAGUAAUGGACACCAUGCUUGUUUCCCGAGUCAGAAUCCUGUAUAUAAGAUCUUUGCUUGCAAAAUCCCCAGAGUUACAAUCAAUUAAGGUCUUGGCAGUUGAGUGCUUCCUAGAAAAAGCUAAUACUGGACGCAGUAGAAGUUCCAGCAGGGCAAGCAGUCCUGGAAGAUGUCCGGUGCAAUAUUUUGAUGAGCAAAUUCAAGGAUUUAAAGUGAAUCUAAAGCCAGAGAAGAAAUCCAAAUUUUCAACUGUUGUAUUGAAGAUACGCGGAAUUGAUCAGGAGACCUGGAGACAGCAGGUAACUGGUGGAAAGUUAAGGGAAAUAACUGAGGAAGCCAGAAGUUUUGCAAUUCAGAACAAGGCUCUUGCUGCACUAUUUGUACAUACUCCAGCAGGUGAGCUGCAGCGCCAAGUUAGAUCCUGGCUUGCUGAGAACUUUGAAUUUCUCUCUGUUAGUGGCAAUGAUGCAUUGGGAGGGUCAACUGGUCAGUUGGAGCUUCUUUCCACCGCAAUCAUGGAUGGUUGGAUGGCUGGACUUGGUGCUGCACUGCCUCCUCAAACUGAUGCUCUUGGGCAGCUUUUAUUUGAAUAUACAAAACGUCUAUAUACUUCUCAACUGCAGCAUUUGAAGGAUAUUGCUGGUACCUUGGCUGCAGAAGAGGCGGAAGAUGCAGGACAAGUAUCCAAGUUGCGUUCAGCUCUUGAAUCCGUUGAUCACAAAAGAAGAAAGAUUUUGCAACAAAUGAGAAGCGACGCCGCUUUAUUGACAUUGGAUGAUGGUGGUUCACCUAUUCAAAAUCCCUCUACCGCAGCUGAAGAUGCACGAUUAGCAUCUCUCAUUUCACUUGACGGCAUGUUGAAAGAAAUCAAGGGUAUGGCGAUAAAUUCUACGCUGAGUGCUGUGAGCAAAAGUAAGAAAAGGGCAAUGCUUGCUUCUCUGGAUGAAUUGACACAACGGAUGCCUUCGCUUCUUGAAAUUGAUCAUCUAUGCGCGGAGAGUCACAUUGCAGGUGCUCGCGGCAUGGUUGAGUCGAUUCCUGAAGUUGAUGACAGCAUUCAAGAUCUAUCGCAUGCUCACAAGCCUUCAGCAGAUCUGGGGUCUGGAUCCGAAACUGUUGUGGCACAAUGGAAUGUCCUCCAAUUUAACACAGGCACUUCCUCCACAUUUAUAAUCAAAUGUGGAGCAAAUUCAAAUUCAGAACUAGUCAUAAAAGCGGAUUCUCGAGUUCAAGAACCGAGAGGUGGUGAGAUCGUGAGGGUUGCCCCUAGACCGUCAGUUUUGGAAAACAUGAGCUUGGAGGAAAUGAAACAAGUAUUUGCCGAGUUACCUGAAGCUCUUAGCUUGCUUGCCUUAGCAAGGACAGCAGAUGGAACCCGAGCACGGUAUUCUAGACUUUACCGGACCUUGGCUAUGAAGGUUCCAUCCCUAAAGGAUCUGGUUAGAGAGCUUGAAAAAGGGGGUGUGCUGAAAGAUGUUAGAACAUGACCCAUAAAAGGGUAAGCUGAUGGUGAAAUUAAUUAUAGCUGUGUUGAUGUUGUUUGGGGUUUGGUUGCGUGGCUUUGCAAGUCAGCCUGUUGCGUUUGCUAGAUUAUUUGGGGGACAAUCCAUAUACAUUGUAACAGUUAUUCUGCCUACACGUGUUAUUGUGUAUUAGUGGUAGUUAUUUCAGUUUUGCCUGGGAGUGAUAAUUAAGUCGAUGUUUGUGUUUCUUAAGCAACCUGUAAAUAUGUUCAUCAGAUACAAAUAUGUUUGAAUAGAAAUCAAGUGCUCUAUUGCUCCGGCGGAAUAUCAAAGA